CUUUCAGAUAACUCUAGAACCGAGAUCUGCUGAACACAGAUUCCAGGUCUCAGAGUUAGACAGUUAAAAUCCUAAUUGCAGAAAGUAAAUGCAGUAAAGUUAAUGACACCGGGUUUUUUAUAGUGGUUCAAGGAACAACGCGUUCCUCUAGUCCACUGUUCCACUAAGAUUGUAAAGCAUCAGUUACAAAGCCUUAGUCCCUAGCACUUAAGAAGUUCUUCACGCCUUCUUCAAGUCUAGUUGUCACCCGGGAUGCAGUCCUGCUUCCUGAUGACUGGUCCUUUCACUCAGCUUCCCGGAAGUAUUACCACUUCACUACUGCAGUUACUUGGACGCCCUUCUUUGCAGAAGAUGUUCUGAAAAACAGAGUUUUCUCCAACUUGCUUCGUUACAAAGGAUGUGUAGUUGAAGUUCUUGAAGGUUGAAGAACAGGAUGAACUUUGCUCUUGUUGGGGUUGAGGGAUUUUGAGAGUUUGAAUCUUCCCAAUGUAAGCUUUUUCUUGUUGAUGAUUGAGGAGUUUUGAAUCUCAAGAAUGCUUGUAGUAUGAUGAGAGCAAAAGUUGUAGCAAAGUUGUCCGGUUGUUCUUCCUCGAGUAUCUUUUAUACUGGGAAUUGUCUACCCGUUGGAGGAGGAGACAACUGCAUUAAAUGUGCGUACUGUGGAGUUGACCCACCAAUUUGGAAGGUUUCUAUUUUUAUAAUAUAUCCUCCAGAUUCUUCGGUCAAUCAUUUGCAAUUACUCCACAACGUAUCAGGCUCAUUUAUUGUGCAUUAAAAGCUUUCCUUUCAUGCACAGUCUUCUAGCCGUUAGGGGAUUCCCUGUUAAUUUCACAGCCGUUGAAGGUAGCCUUGAAAUUCUUCUAAGUGUUUAUCCAGGCUGAUGAGAUUCUCUGAUGGCAUUCUGACCUUGGAUUCUGAUGAACUUGGAUAGGGAACUCUGAUACUUCUCUGGAGUUGAGUUCUGAUGAAGCUUUUUCAUCGAACUCUGAUGGCUUUCUGAUGUAGACUUCUGAUGAGUCUCUGAAGAGCAACUCUGAUUCUUCUCUGAUGAGCAAUUCUCAUGACUUCCGAGAGCGACUCUGAAAGCAUUUCUCAUAGAGCAGCUCUGAUCAGAUCCACAUAGCAACUCUGCUAGUCGACUAUACUAAUACUUACACUGAAAAUUCUAAUACAUAAAAUCUAAGUAGGGGUACUCUAAAACUCUAAUCUAAUUAUCCUAGCAUCAUCAAAAUCUAAUUACAUUUAUUCCUUACACUAAUAUUAGACAUGAAUUGGGUAUGAAGGCAACUACAUUACCUUUUAAAUACCUAGGAGUGCAUAUUCACAAAGGAGUUACUAGGAUGGGUCAUUGUAAAGAUCUUCUGCAGGCUUUUGAUAACAAGCUGAAUUCGUGGGGUCAGAAAAUGCUCUCUCAAGGUGGGAGGCUCAUUUUGAUCAAGCACGUUCUAGGCUCUAUUCCUCUGCACAUACUUGCGGUCACAGGUAUCCCUCAGACUGUUAAAAGCAUGUUAAAUAAGAAAAUUUCAAAUUUCUUUUGGGGCUUCAAAGAUAACAGGCCUAAACAACACUGGAUCUCUUUCAAAAAAAUGUGUCGGCCUACUGAAUCAGGAGGGGUGGGAAUAAGGUCUUUUGACCAAUCUCAGCAAGUUUCAGCCUUAAAACUCUGGUGGGAGUUUCAGGUGGGACAGUCCAAUUGGGCCUUUUUAAUGAGGAAUAAAUAUGGGAGAAGGACUUUGGGGGAAGCAAAAUCGGUAGACUCCCCAACCUGGAAAACCAUUUGCCAGAUUAGUGUUAAGGCAGAGGCAAUGGUGGACAGGGGAGAUUCCUCCAUCAAGUGGAAGCAUACUUCUGAAGGGGUAUUCUCUUCGAAGUCAGCAUACAAGGCAAUCACGCAGGAGGGAAGGGGAAAUUUAACUUAUACAAGCAUUUGGCAUCGAAAACAAGUGCCAAAAAUAAAAGUGUUCUUAUGGAGGCUUUGGCACAAGGGACUUCCCUUUCCCGGAACAAAUUGCCAGAUUCUAUGUGGCAUACCCAUCUCGCUGUCCUCUCUGCAAAUUAGACUUAGCUACUCAGGACCAUGUGCUUCUUACUUGUCAGAUAGCUCGCACAAUUUGGAAUUUUUAUGAUAGCUCACUGCAACUCAAAGGAAGGCAGAUUAAUCUUAUUAAAGCUCAAAUUUGCAAAUGGUGGGUAUCAGGGAGAGGAAAGUCACUGGAUGAUACUAUAUUGCUGUGAUGCCUGGGGUAAUUGCGUGGUUUAUAUGGAGAGCUUAUUGGGAUGCUAUUUGGAAGGAAAUGGACCCGGACCCUCAAUUGAUUAUACAACAAAUCCAUAAAUUUAUGGUUAGUUGGUGCUAUGCAAAUGAUAAGCUUAAAGGGUGUGGCAGGUUGAAAGAAGUUGGUUUAAUACAUGAUUCCUUUGAUCGGAGAAGGCCUUGGACAUGGAGGUGGGUAAAACCUGCGGUCGGAAGCUGGAAGCUUAGCUGGGCGAUUUUCAGACAGAAUGGUAGAUCCUCGGCCGGUUUCCUUCUUAGAGAUCACUCAGGUGAAGCUGUGGCAGCGGAGGGCUUCCCCCUGAGUGGUUCGAUGGCAAGCGAAGAGGAGCUGGUGGCGGUUUUCCGACAGGCUGUUGAAUGGGGGGCGUCGUUUGGUUUCAGGCAGGUGGAAAUGGAGAUGUUUUAUAAGAAGAUAAUGGGGUGGUGCAGUGCUUGGGCAGAAAAAUAUGCCUGGAUUGUUAAAAUUGAGCUGAUCCCGGAAGUCUGCAAUAAACCGGCCUGUGUAGUUGCAAAAUUGGGUUGGAAUGGACCAUUUCGCUGGAGACCCCCGGACCCAGUACCAAAUGCUGUACAAGGAGCCCUACACUUGGAUGCUUUAUCUUUACCAUACAUUUUAUAUUAAGUCUUUGGCUCAUUUGUUUUCUUUUGUAUUUGAGAGGAUUGUAUCCUUCUCUUCUUCCGUUGAAUGGUUUUGGUCUGGUCCCCCAUUCCAUUUGUAUCUUUUAUUUUGUGUUGCUUAAUAAAAUCUGGUAAAUGUCCCUCGGCAUUUACCCCACCGAUUUUGGUGGUUGACCUUCCGAGGUAAAAAAAAAUAAAAAAAAAAAUAAAAAUUUGUUGUAUACUCCGUAUUAUCUUUUUUUU